CACCACCCGAUACGAGCGCAAGCUACACACCGAAGCCACAAUGGGUGUCCCUUUCGAAACCCUCAUCCCGUUCGCCAUCAUGCUGACCAUGUUCGGCAUUACCGGUGCUGGAUUGUCGAAGGUCAGAGCGAUGCAGAACGGUGGAAAGCGUGGAAGACAUUCCGUCGAUCAGUGGGAUAGCCAAAUGAUGGACCGCGACAGGCGGUUAACGGGCUUCCUCCGCGGCCAAACCGGCAGUGCCAUUGCGCCCCCGGGAUUCGAGUUGAACAACCCAUGGAGGUUGGAGAAGAAGUUCCGUUAAAUUACCCACAAGACGACACCACCUCUAGACACAACAAAAUGUAUAUAUCCAAAGCAAUAAAGAUUUAAAACAAAACCUAGCAUGUACCAAGUUCUUCACCAUGGAUGUUGGAAAGAAUUGGGCUUUGGACCAGUGGCGGGUCGUGCCACAUCCAGGGCUUUGUUCUAUUAAAUUCCUCAAAGACUCAAUAGCUUCGUG